AUGUUAACUGAUACAGAAAUGAUCUUACCAAAUUUUACCGAAUUACGUAUUUAUCCAUCAUUCACAGAAAUUCGUCAAGAAUACAAUGCACCAAAGGAUUUUAAAAUGUAUUUUUGUCGAGAUGUAUUUACAAAUAUUUCUUCCGAUUCAUUAUCAAUUGAAGGUAUUCAAAUAGAAUCAAAAGAAUUUAUUACAAAAGCAAAUAAUCUUGAAAAUCAAUCAAUCUUUGUUCAUCGUCAUUCAAAUGUCGAAGCUCAAGAAUGUCGUGUUAUUCAAGGUGAUGAUCUUCUUUUACAAGAUAUUAAAACAAAACGAUAUUUUCGUGCACAACGAAAUGAACUUGAAUUUAUUAAUAUUCCUGAACAAGAAGGAACAGAAGUUAAAUUUAGUUUAAAAAAUCAAGGCAAAGCAACAUUGACCUAUCAAAUUCAUGGAAUCUCUUGGUCACCUCAAUACGAUUUGAAUAUUCUAUCUGAUGAUUGUCAACAUUUAUUUCAAGCAUUUGCUCAAAUUAAAAAUGGAACAAAACAAGAAUAUCGAAACGAUCGAAUAGAAUUAUUUCGUGAUGAUAUUAUCUUACAAAGAGAAAAUGAAGUAAAACGACGUCGAGAUCGAUCGAGAAGUCGAAGUCGAAGUUCUAGUAUUGUCUCUGAUGAAGAUGAAGAAGAAUUUGACUCUUGUAAUAUGACAUCAACUAUUGAUCCAUUAGAAGAAUUAGCAGGUCUUUCUCUUUAUUCAAUUAAUCAAUCAUUUGUUCUUUUACCAAAAUCAACAUUUUCUUUACCAUUUAUUGAUGCAACAAUUCAAAUAAAUAAAUGUGUUGCUCUUACAUUACCAUUUACUAGUCACACACAAAUACGAAAAUUAAAACGAAAAUAUCGUAUUGAAUCGAUUGAUAAAUUUCUUCCUGGUGGACCAUUGACUAUUCGAGAACAAGGUCGAUUAGUUGGUCUAACAAAUUUACCUGAUAUGGCUAUAGGUGAUAAAUAUAUACUCACUUCUGGACAAGAUUCUGAUGUUUCAUUAAAUCGACAAGUUAAAUUAAUUUCAAAAGAACGAUAUUCAGCUAUAUAUGCUAUUCAUUUAACAUUUAAAAAUAUUAAAUCAACAUCUGUCAAAUUCGAAUAUAAAGAAAUAAUUGAUAAUGAAAAUGUACAAUUUAAAAUUAUUCUUAAAGGAUCUGAUAACCAAAGAGCUCAAAUUGAAAUAACUCAAAAUGGUAUUCAAAUUGAGAAGAAAAAUAAUACAGAUGAUCAUCAUGCGAUCUUAACAGCAAAUGGUGGGGAACAAAUUUACGAAUAUGAAGUUCAUCUCACCUAUAUGAAAAAAAAUGAUUCCUAUAGAAAAAAGACAACGGCAAUGACAACAUUAAGAUCAUUUGACCAAAAACGUAAAAUUAACAAUAUAUUAUUAACAUGA